GCGCUGCUGGCUGGCUGGCUGGCUGGCUGUCGGGGCGAUGGGGCGGCUGCUGGUGCUGGUCGUGGCGGCGGCGGUGGCGGCGGCCGGCCUGGGGCUGGCUGCUGCUCCUCCUCCUUCCGCGGCGGUGAGCGCGCAGUGCCUGGCCUCGCAGUGCUUCGCCUUGUUCUGGGAGGCGCGGAGCCUGGCGGAGGCGGGCGCGGCGUGCGCGGGGGGCGGCGGGCGGCUGAUGCGGGCGCGCUCGACGGUGGCGGCCGAGGCCAUCGAGCUGCUGCGCGGCGGGCGGCCGGGCGGCGUGUGGCUGGGCUUGCGGCUGCCCGAGGGCCGCUGCGUGGCGCCGGGCCGGGCGCUGCGCGGCUUCGAGUGGGUGGCGGGCGACGAGCGCACGGACUUCGAGGCGUGGGCCAGCGCGGGGCCGGCGGAGGGCGCCUGCGGGCCGCGCUGCGUGGUGGUGAGCGCCGCGCUGCGCUGGGAGGAGCGCGACUGCCAAGCGCCCGCCGACGGCUUCUUGUGCGAGUUCAGCUACCCGCGCGGGUCCUGCGCGCCGCUCGCCCCGCCGCCCGCCACGGACGUCCACUACACCACCCCCUUCGGGGCGCGCGACGCAGACCUCUCGGCCUUCCCGCCGGGCACCACCGCCCGCCUGCCCGGCCUCGACGGCGCCACCCUGGUUUGCCAGGAGCGCGCCAACGGCUCCUGGGGCUGGGCCGCCGACGCGCCGGGCGCCUGGCCUUGCCAGCUGGAGCGCGGCGGCUGCGAGGGGCGCUGCCAGGAGGACGAGCGCGGGCGGCCCUUCUGCACCUGCCCCGACGGCGGCGCCGCCCUGGGCCCCGACGGCCGCGCCUGCCUCUCGCCCUGCGCCCGCCUGCGCUGCCAGCACCACUGCGCGCCCCUCGCCGACGGCGCCGUCUGCCUGUGCCAGGAGGGCUACCAGCUGGACGCCGACGGCCGCAGCUGCGCGGACAUCGAGGACUGCCAGGCGCGGCCGGGCCCUUGCGAGCAGGAGUGCAUCAACACCGACGGCGGGUUCCACUGCCGCUGCUUCGCGGGCUACACCCUGGUGGAAAGCCGGUGCACCAAGAACGAGAACCUCUGCUUCUUCGCCUCCUGCCAGCAGGGCUGCGUGGUCACCAACGGGACCUUCCGCUGCACUUGUGAGGACGGCUUCACGCCGGACCCUGACGAUCCGCGCCGCUGCAUCCGUGUCUGCGACCGCCCGGAAUGCUCGGCUCAGUGUGACCCCCACACGGGAGACCACUGCUUUUGCCCUGACGGCUACAUCAUACAGGAACACGACAACGGCACCAAGGUGUGCACGGACAUCGACGAGUGCGAGGAGGGCUACUGUGACGGGGAAUGCCGGAACCUGUUUGGCGGUUACGAGUGCCUUUCCACAGGGCCACCCCUUGCUGGAACCUCGCUAGUGCCGGACGAGGGCUCCGGGGAGGUGGCGAUUUACUCCACCCCAACCCCACCGGUUCUCACGUCAGUGCCACCAAAGGGGGGCCGCAGCCCGGGGACCCUGGUGGCCAUCAUCGUGAGCACCGUGCUAUCCUUUGUGGUGUUGGCUGCCGUCGUGUACUGUUUCCUGACAAAGCUGGGCCCUUGCAGGACCAAAAAGGAUGAUAAAUGCUGGCAGCUGGAGAAUGAAGUGGGCCUGGAACCGGUCGGGCCGGGGAGCACCUCUUACAAACAGAAACUGUAGGGGACCUCUUCUUGUGGGUUGAGAUAAGUUACUUUCAAAACAGAGGGACACUGCUCACCGCUUCUGGCAGACUUACUGGUGUGGAUUUGAUUUUCUCAUGGUUGCCUGAGGAAACUCUGGGGAAGCAAGGCCUUUGCUUGACUUUCUGAGACAAUCUGGAUGCACUGAAUUCACCAGAGAUGGUGUUUGGCGCUAAUAACAAGGGAAGGCGCUCAGUACAUUCUGGGACACAUUGAGGAUGUGUGUGUUUACGACAUCUGGUGACCUGGAAGAAACUGCACAUCUUUGGGCUAAACCCAGAGACUUUUUUUUAAAAGAUAUUUUUCACUUGCCAAAAACAACACAAUGUUUGCAUUCUGAUAUUCUGUUCUUGGGGUUUCUUUGAUGUGCUGUUGCUUUUUCCUGGUGCAGUCCCUGUGUUAACCCUGCUAUGUUCUUGGUUGGGGAUUUUUAGGGCGCAUCUGUUACAGUAAACAGUAUAAUCUCUUGUUUUAGCACCGUGGGAAAGGGGGAGAUGAUGUUCAAAGGGUUCCCCCCCCCCCCCAAUGGCCUUGAAGAACUUUGCACUGGGCCUCUACGGUACCAAAGUAAUUCUGUGUUCUUGGAGAUACAGACGGCUGACUUGUUUUACUGCACAGUUAAUGCUUUCUUCCUUUGUGUCAUUCCUAUGGAUCUUCUCUUCACUGUCCCAUGUUCUUGUUGUGCCACGGAUCUCGCUUGACAACCACAUUCUGGGUGUCCUUUGUCAUCUUGGCACUUUGAAUGAACUGAGUUAAAUUCCCGAGUGCUAAUUUGCUGCUGGUUGCUUAGCAGUGCUAUUUUAGAAGAAGAAGAGUUGGAUUCAUAUCCCCCCUUUCUCUCCUGUAAGGAGACUCAAAGGGUCUGACAAACUCAUUUCCCUCCCUCCCCCCAGCAACAAACACCCUGUGAGGUAG